AUGGUGUACGCGACCAUCAACGUGCUCGUCUUGGACGCCCUACGCCACCUGCAAACCGUGGAGAGGAACAGCACGCUGAGGCAGUACACCUCGUGGAUCUAUCACUACAAGAGGUGGGCGGCGAAGAUGUUGAGGCAAAUUCGCAACAAGCUUCCGCAGGAGUACAUGCUUAAGCACGUCGACGAGAUAGGGCACUACAUCCGGGACAACAAGAAGAAAAACUGGGACCAAGAGGCCAAUGUCCCCCGGUCGUACGUGUGGCUGCACGGCCCUAGGGUCACCAAGUCCCGGCUUCGCGCAUACGUGAAGUACAUGGUUCAGGAGUUGAAUCUCGAUGCCGAGUCCAGCAAGAAGGGCGACAACGCCACAGGAACACAGCCUGUGCAAUCUACAACGGUGCACACGCUCCUCGGGCGCAUAAAGGCAUGCCAGAUGGCGGCGAGAGUGGAGGCGACGAUAUACCGGGAGACGGAGCUGAGCAUCAUGCGAGAGAUAUCGGUGGUCAGGUCGGAGGUGCGGUUCAUGAUCCGCACCAAGAACGAGCGGGACAUCAAGAACUGCACCGAUCGGCGUCGCGGAACAAUCGGCGAUACCUACACCGCCGAGCAGUUCCGCCAGAUCAUGUUCAGGGUGCUGCCGACGUGGGCGGCCAAGGCAUGGAACCCGCGGGGUACGGGCCCGUUGCAGACGCUAUGGCGGUUUCUGCUGUUGAAGGUGCUCACGCUACUCUCCCAUCACUCUCUUCUGCGCGGUGCAAGCAUCCGCGAGAUCACGCUCCCCGACAUAUUCUUGUACCGACUGGCGAGCACCUCGUCGGUGAACCCGGAGAACCAGCCGGUCGUCAUGGUCAUCGCUGCGCGGAACUUGAAGACGUCCAAGGAUGCGCGUCUGCAGCAGAGCUACGCUGCGCGGCACCUCGAAGCGGAGUUGUGCGCCGUCGGCGAGACGGGCCUGUGGUUGCACUUCAUCCUCGACCAGAUCGGCCAGUUUCACGGCGUCCGCCUCAUUCCGCUGGAGCUGGCCAUCGACGGCACGCCGCGCGCCGAGAUCGCGGAGCUGGGUCACUGGGCGCUCGACAAGAUGACGCGAGCGUACAUCACCGCCAUUCCGGUGGGGGUGGUGAUGAAGAAGGCCGAUUACUCUGGUUACAAGCAGGACUACUUCUUGGGCCAGAGCAGGGUGGAGCCCUCUGAUAAGCUCUUGAAGCUCCUCACCGAGCACAUCUUCCCCGGCGUCGACGACAUGCUGAAGACGGUGGAAGGGAAGGUUGCCGAGGGGUCCGACGCCGACAAAGCCGCGGUGCACUUCUGGCGCACACUCCAGAUGCUGCGCCGCAUCGUCGCCGAGGACCUAGCGGUGAAGCUGGUCCGCACACCAUGGCACCCGUACGAAAUCUCUGUCCGCAUGGACACCGAGUACUACAACAUAUCCCUCAAGGCGAAGCUGACGAAGGAGAUGGAGCGUGCCGCGAACGAGAAGAUUGACUUCCUGGAGGAGCUCGAGAAGCGCGACGACACCAUCGCGUCUCUCACCGCCGAGAUAACCCGUCUCACCGAGGCACUCCGUGUGUCAGAAGCACGGAGAGUGCCUGAGGCCCCGCCGUGUGCUACCGCGCAAGCUCCCAGCGAGGGUGGCUCGGCGGAUUCGGCCAACAUGGGAGCCGGCGCCGACGGAGGGGACGACAAACCCCCGCCACCCCCACAGACGGACAAGGAGGCUAGUUACGAGCUCAACGUGGUACAACCGUGGCGGGAGGCCAAGACCGUGAGGGACGCCUGGCGCCUCUGGAACUCCGCCACCGCUAAUGACACCCGUCGGCUUUGCGACAGGAUCGCCGAGCCGGGGUUCAUCGACCGCCACACCCUCCUCGCCGGCGCUACGCAAGGUGCAUUCAACAAGAGGGUGCGCCGCAUGCUGAAGGUCAUGGAUGCGGUGCGCCAGCUACGCGCGAGCGACAGCGACGCCGACACCGAGGCCGUGGUCGACACACUGCACAGGAUCGCGACAUCGGGCAUCGGGACCUUCGUCGAUGCCCUCACGGUGCUCAAACCGGGAACGGCACCGAUGUUGUCCAAAGAGCCUGGUUUGGGAGUCAAGGGGCUGGGCCCCAAGGUGGUCUCGAAGCUACGCCUUGCCUGUGCGCUUGUGGCGCUCAACCUGAAGCAGAGUGAUUGGGUCGAAACCCUGUUUCCAGACACGUGGGAGGAGCAGAUGCCGAAGACCAAGGCCGACCUGGCGAAGCCGACGGCCCCGGCCAAGUCGACAGCACCGGCCAAGCCGACCGCUUCCGGUGCACCGUCCUCCGACCAAGCGCAAGAAGUCAGCAUGAUCGCGCAUGUAGGAUAUGCGUGUGCGUAG